AUGUGUGUAAAUGCCUCUUGUAUAGUAUCUGCAUGUGCAUGCAUACCAACGUUUCAGACACCCGCGCCCGUAUCUACAUGCCAACGUAUACCAAUACCACCUCGACAGCCUGACCACACCCCAAUCUGCGUUGCCAUAGCAACUGACGGCUCAUGUGGUCUGUCCGUCGACAGAGUCAUUGACUACCGUUGCGAAGACUGGUGGCAGCUGGAGGAGUAUAUCGCCGAUCCCUUCGAUGUGAUCUUUGACACUGUGGGUACCUAUGAGUCAUGGCAACGGGCCAAUGUGGACCAGGGGAGUGUGCUGACGUUAGGGAUUGAGGGGGGACAUUACGUGACGUACACAGGGGAUGAGCGAUACUACCAUCUGCACGG